UAUCCCUGUACACCACCAGGCGAUUGUGGCAUUACCGCUAGACGCAUAUGCAUCAAAGAUACACCCAUGUUAUCUCGAUCUAUGCUCACCGAUAACUGUCACUAUUGUCAGGGUUCGACAGUGUUUCCAUUAGGACUUCUUUCCGUCAGGACUUCUCUCCGACUCUACUCGACAAGACGUGAAUCUGCAGCAUACGAACAGAAAAUCGCUCACUACUCAUAUGCAGGUCAAGGUUCUUUGGAAAAGUCAUUUGCCCAAGGAUUGGUUUGCCUGCACCUCGAAAGCAGCUAUCUAAGAAAUGGAGAAUGCUUCGUAAUGAUCGGCAAGUCGAGAAGCUUGAAACACAAUGUUUUGUUCAUGUAGGUACGUCAGAUAAAGGUGGGGCAGUAGUUGCAGGUUCAGCAUGCAAGAGCCCCUCCCCCCUGGUGAAUGAAAG